UAGCUUGUUCGACAGUUACAGUUAGUCACAAGAAGGCAAAAGGAGGUCAUCGGUCUUCACUUCUUCACGGACGUUCAAGUUCACGGUCGCAUCACAUCGCUAUACACUCGUAUUUCGGUAUAUUUGAAGCCUGAGAUAAAAAAAAAUGUUAUUUUUAAUUGUGUCAAUGAUAGUGAUGCCAGGAGUACUACCUGCUAGAUUUGUACCGAAAUGGAAGAAACAGCCCGUUUUCAAACCCAAACAGGGUAGCAACGAGAAGUUAUCCCUAGUUAAUCUGUUUUUUCUUGUGACACGGCAUGAUGCCGUUUCCGGUGAACCAGCAGACAUAUUACUAUUGAAAGAGAGAAACGAAGAUCCAAAGAUGAUUUUCUCAGGUUUCUCGACACCAACUGUCUCUAAUUAUAUUGCUGUCAAGUCCAUGAAAAGAGAGUUACUCAACGACAUUAUAUUUGGUUCAUUUCCCCAAUCUCAUAAUCUUCCACCAGCAGACCCUAUGUUCCUGUACAAGAGCAGUAUCAAAGUUGUCCAUAACCUUUGUAUGGACCGCUGGAGCCAGAAAAUGCGUUCCAUUUGUGGACCAGAUUGUCAUAGUACGCGGGGAUACUGUGAAGCCCCUGGUGAGUGCCAGUGCCGUAUAGGAUGGUCGGGAAGGACAUGCAAGGAGUGCCAGGUCUUGCCAGGAUGCGUUCAUGGAUACUGUGAUAAACCCCUUGAGUGCAAGUGUCAUCCAGGAUAUACAGGAAUCUUAUGUCAAACUCCUAUCUGUAAGGCGUCAUGUCACAAAGAACGAGGGUAUUGCAGAAAACCAGGAGAAUGUAGAUGCAAAGUUGGAUGGUGGGGUAAGAACUGUGAAAAAUGCUAUCCGUAUCCAGGAUGUGUUCAUGGAACUUGUCGUCGUCCGUGGGAAUGCAACUGCGCCAAAGGUUGGGGAGGAAUGCUUUGCGAUGAAG